CACGUGGCUCUGUGUCGAAGGUCAGUCCAGUACAAUGGAGCUGCCAGAGUAUGCUCUGAAAGGGUUGCAAUUGCUGGCCGAUCCCAGCCACUUCUCCAACAAAACAUUCCACAUUUUAGUGGAAGCGGCUUUCGAGAGCCUCGUAAACCCACAAACAGACGGAGCAGUAUUUGACCAUCCAGAGCUGGGAAAUUUGGACUUGACUUUGCUGAAACAAUGCCAUGUAGCCAUCGCAACCUGUGUAUUGGAGGCAGGAAAACAAAACGCCGACAAAUCGACUAUAAGCACGUUACUUGAAGACUGUAGAUUUGGAGGAGAGAGAAUAGACAUAUUUUGCGCAGCAUACCAGAAGAACAAAGAUAAAGUGAAAACCUUACUAGGAAGCAUAGGAAGGUUUCAUUCUCAUAUCAUUGAUGCUUCUUGGCGCCUGGAGUACCACAUUAGGAAUAACCAUCUUCACAAAGUCAAUCAACCGGCAUAUUUGUUAACCUUAAAUGUUGAGAAUGGUGAGUCCCGGCCAGCUCAGGAUGUUACUUUCAGUUGUACAAUGGAGCAAUUGCAGGAUCUUUUGGGGAAGUUGAAGGAUGCAGCCAAAAGCAUGGAGAAGGCGAGUCAGAUGUAAUUGAUGAAGCUCGGGGACCGUGAUUAAACUCGAGGCUGUGGUGGUAUAAAAGGAAUCCGCCACAACCUGCGUGCUUCCACAUUCUAUGCAAAAGACGUGAACAAUAGAGAAUCCAUAAAUAGUUCAAACGUUGCAUUUGGCGCAUGUAUGAAAUGCUGUCAUAUACUUGAAUACAAUGCUUGUGUAUCAGGUGUGUCGCGUUUGACUGUGUAUAUACGAUUUUUCCAUAAUAAAGAUAUACUUCCUA